GCUGCGGGGCAGGUGCUCGGGAAACUCGGCUGGGAAGCGCCAGCGGAGGCGCUCCGGGCGUGGGCGAGGCCGGCGGCGCUGGGGUUAAUGUCUGCUCCGCCCCGGCCGCUCUGACUCAGUUUCACUAGAAACUAGGGGGAGGAGGUGGCCGAUCCCCACCGCUCUGGGCACCUGGGCGGAAGCGGUGGCCCGAGCAGCGCAGGAAGUAGGGACCGGAACCUCAGCAGGCCCGGCCCCACCCCACUCACCUGCGCAGGUCGCAAGCACCCUUGGAGCCCAGAGGCCCGCACUGUGAAGGUGACCCCCGCGGGGAGGAGGGCGAUGGCCCCUGGGAGGACGAUGGCUGGCGCCCACCUCUCCCAAACCUACUUCCCAGCUGUCGCCGUGUGCCUCCUGUGCCCGCUUGCCCUCGCGGACACCGACGCCGGGCCGCCGCCCACGCCCCCCGCGCUGCCGGCUGGAGCCUCCUGCCUGGACCGCUUUACUCCCGGUGUACCCGCCUUCGUGCUCGACACCGAGGCCUCGAUCAGCAACGGGGCCACCUUCCUGGACUCCCCAACUGUGCGCCGCGGCCGGGACUGCGUGCGCGCCUGCUGCACUACCCAGAACUGCAACCUGGCGCUGGUGGAGCUGCAGCCCAGCGGCGGGGAGGACGCUGUCGCCUCCUGCUUCCUCAUCAACUGUCUCUAUGAUCAGAACUUCGUGUGCAAGUUCGCACCCAGGGAGGGCUUCAUGAACUACCUCACGCGGGAGGUUUACCGCUCCUACCGCAAGCUGCGGACCCAGGGCUUUGGAGGGUCCGGGAUACCCAUGGUCUGGGCAGACAUAGACUUGAAGGUACAGCCCCAGGAACCCCUGGUGCUGAAGGGUGUGGAGAACACAGAUUGGCACCUACUGCAGGGUGACACGGACGUCAGGGUAGAGAGGAACGAUCCGGACCAGGUGAAGCUGUGGGGACUCAAGGAAGGCACCUACCUGUUCCAGCUGAAAGUGGCCAGCGUAGACCAGCCAGAGAGAACAGCCAACCUCACCGUCACCGUGCUGUCCACCAAGCAGACAGAAGACUAUUGCCUAGUGCCCAAGAAGGUGGGCCGAUGCCGUGGUUCCUUCCCCCGCUGGUAUUACGACCCCACUGAACAGCUCUGCAAGAGUUUUGUUUAUGGAGGUUGCUUGGGCAACAAGAACAAUUACCUUCGGGAAGAAGAGUGCAAGCUAGCUUGCCGCAGUGUGCAAGGCCCUUCCAUGGCAAGGCACAAUCCAGUGUGCUCUGGCACAUGUCAUUCCACUGAGUUCCAGUGCAGUGAUGGCUGCUGCAUCGACAGCUUCCUGGAGUGUGAUGGCACUCCCGACUGCCCCGAUGCCUCCGACGAGGCCACCUGUGAAAAAUAUGCCAGUGGCUUUGAGGAGCUCCAGAGCUUCCAUUUUCCCAGUGACAAAGGGCACUGCGUGGACCUGCCAGACACAGGCCUCUGCAAGGAGAGCAUCUCACGCUGGUACUACAACCCCUUCAGUGAACACUGUGCCCGCUUUACCUAUGGCGGUUGUUAUGGCAACAAGAACAACUUUGAGGAGGAGCAGCAGUGUCUUGAGUCCUGUCGUGGCAUCUCCAAGAAGGAUGUGUUUGGUCUUCGGCGGGAAAACCCCAUUCCCAACGGAGGCUCCGUGGAGGUGGCCAUUGCAGUGCUCCUGGCCGCCUGCAUCGUGGUGGUGGUUGCCAUCCUGGGUUACUGCUUCAUCAAGAACCAGAGAAAAAGCCUUCACAGAUACCACAGCGGCCACCGCCAUCCCCCACCCCCUACCCCUGCCAGCUCCACCGUCUCCACCACCGAAGACACGGAGCAUUUGGUCUAUAACCACACCACCCGACCCCUCUGAGCCGGGGGCUGCCUUGACCGUUCGGCUUGGGGUUCUUGCCAGCUCUCGCCUGGCCCUGCUUCCUCCUUGCCAAGACUGAGGCCUGGGCUGGGAAAGACUUGGAGACCAGACUCCUCCUGCCUGUUUCCCAGGCCCACUCUGCCUCAGAAGCCAGGGUUCUAGCCACUCUUGGAUAUGUCUCAGCAAAGCUCAGGCCACUUGUUCCUGAGGAGGCUCCAGUGUCUGAAAGGAGCAGGAAACCUUAGAGCCAGGACUCCCACACACAGAUGGGCCUGCCUAGGAUUUCAGAGAAAGGUGGAGUUUUGUGUCCAGUUCAAAGCUGCCAACCCCACACCAUGGUGUCCGGAAGGGACCUGGGUGGUAUCAGAAGUUGGAGGCCCCACCCUGUCCUCCAGAGCUACCCUUCCUACUCUGUAGUCCAGAGCUGGGGAAAGGACCUCCCUAUGUAUUUUGUGCUGUACAGAGUUCCUUUGUUUAUUUAAUGCCGUGGGGGUGGAUGAGAGGAGUGGAAAGUGGCUAUGUGGCCUGUGCUACCACUUCCCUUUCCCCCAAGAGUGAGCCCCAACUUGGCCUGGGAGCCAGAGCUGCUCCAUCUUCCCCGUACCCCCCAGGGCUCUCUCCAGCACCACACCCCCACCUGCUCCCCUAUUUCCCACAGGCCCCAAAUCCACCCACAGUGUAAUAAAAUGGUUUGUUCUGUGA